UCACGACAAGAAGAUCUCAAAGCAGGCAGUAUCCCAGGACGCUUUGCCUGUUUCUGAGGCAUGUUUCUAUCCUUACUCUUGUAACGAGAUAUGACCAUGCCUUGCAUAGAUCCUCGCCAUGAACAUGACGGCACACAGUGCAUGCAUAACAAAAUCUGAUAUCGGCAUACCACCACCGUGCCAUCCCCCUCCCAGUGUAGUUCGCAGUAGCACCCUGAUGACUUCCGCAUCUACUACUCUCGCAGGGCCUCCCGUCAUUCCAAGAGAACAAUUCUUUAAAUUGAAGGAAUGGCCAGCAGCUUCGGGAGGCUUCGGACAUGUAUAUCAGUGCAUCAUGCGGCCGCCAGCAGGUCCAGAUGUUGAGGUGGCUGUUAAGGCUAUAUUCUGUCUUACCGAUGAUGCUUCCAAGAAGCGUGCGCGUCGUGAGAUGAAAUUAUGGAUGCAAGCAAGACACGAGAACAUUGUACCUAUGCUCGGUAUCACAGAAGGAUUUUCUGAAGAAGGCUUCGCUAUGGUCUCUCCCUGGAUGAAAGGGGGGACCCUUGCAGAUUAUGUCGAAGGCCAUAAAGGAAACAUGCCUUUCAUGAAAAAAUUGACUUUAAUAAAGGAUAUCGCUAGUGGAUUGGCAUAUCUACACUCCCGUCAGAUUGUCCAUGGCGACCUCACCACUAGGAAUAUCAUCCUUGAUGAUAGUGAAAGAGCGUUGUUGAUCGACUUCGGGUUAUCAAAUGUGCUUGGGGGCAUGGUUGGUAGUUGCCUCUCGCUCUCUGCAGCACGACCAGGGGCAGUGCGAUUUGCUGCACCAGAACUGUUAGGCAUGGGAGAGCAGACGAGCCGACCUACUGGAGAUGGUAUACCGGUCGAAGAUCAGCUACCGAUGCCGGAUAUGCCCAGCGAUAUUUAUUCCCUUGGCUGUGUGAUGCUGAAUAUCUUGACGGAAAAGCAUCCAUGGUCUCGCUAUCGUGAUCUGGCUGUUGCUGGGGCCCAUCACAGUAGAAAGUUGAUUCCCAUUCCCGACCAUAGUCAUCUAUCUCGGAAGCGCAAGCAAUUUAUCCGAAAGUGUACUUCAAUUCAAGUUAGCAAAAGACCAUCGAGUCAAGAUGCUGUGACAUUUAUCCAAGAGGAGCUACGUAUUGAAGCCAAUGCACCCCAGCAGUCGAAGCCAGACGAGCAUUCGUACACUAUUGUCAUUGCCGGGGCCGUCGGUUCUGGAAAAAGUUCUCUCGUCAAUCUCCUGUCUGGAAAACACGUUGCGCACACGUCAAACGAUGCCAGGCGUUGUACUACAAAGUGGAGGGACUACUCGAUUUCUUUCGGUGACACCGCGUAUAAGGUGUUUGAUACUGUUGGUUUUGUUUGCAGUAAUGACUCCCCCCUGGGGCCCAAGGAACGGUCAGAAAAGUAUGCAAAACAGCAGAUCAAGGCGAUACACGAGCAGGGCGGCAUUGACUUGCUGUUACUCUGCACGCCAAGUAGAAACUUCCGUGUGGAAACGGUCCUCAAUGAUUAUCAGAGGAUCCAGGACGAAUUGCGUGGAAGACAAGUACCCGUCGUCCUUGUCGUCACUCACUUUGAGGAGCCAUUCACUAUCGAAAGUUGGUGGUCAACAAAUUCGUCGACGUUUCGGGCUCAAUUGAACUCCAUCGCCAACCAUAUUUGCAUCACUUCGAUCCACGACAAAUAUCUCGACGAGUCCCGCGAGCAUAUUUUCCAGAUGGUUGCACAGUAUCAUACACCCAACGCACGGCAGUAGACGUCAGGGGGGGUUAUUCUACGUCUACUCUGAGAACGACGCCUCCCCACAUCAACCAGUUAUCUACGCAGAUCUGCAGAGUCGUCGCGAAAGGGGCUUGGUCCACGACCACCGUGACGGUCGUUCUAAGCAUAGUAGGAAAGACAGACUGUCAUCAUACUAAUAUGGAAUGUACAUGACAUGUGUAGGAAUCACUGAAUAUUUU